ACUGCACAUUUUCAAAAUGCACAAUGAGCAACAAAGAGACGGAUAAAACACGGUGUGGUGAUACAAAAGGGGCAGCGGGCUAUACUUAUCAUCUCUGUUUGGAACCACUAUACGGCAGUAAUCGCAUUUAUGAGACAAACCCGACUUAAUGCAGUUUCUAGUUGAAACUCAUCAUCUUUUGAAAGGCAAGAAUAGAUACUGCUGAUAGUUUCACUUGUUACGUUCAUGUCAUAGUGGCUACGGGUCUGGGUCUAGGGUAGGUCAGCCCCGUUUGAAAGCUACCCCAUUUGUGACCGACAAUUUCUUCAAUGACGAUCAGCGCCUCAAACUUUGUCUCAACAUCAACAUACGUGACCAUCACCAUCGCCAUGGGGUACCGCGAGGCUCAGGCUGGCUUCAGCCUUCCCUUCACCUACUCCCUCUUCUUCCUCUUCAUCGAGCCCCUCGGCGCGCUGACGGGCGCCUACUUCACGCACGUCCAUCAACCAUACUACCUCUCCCUGCUCUCGGCAUCGGCGCCCUCGGCCUCCUCGGCCGAUGCACAGCUCUCGACGCCUGUGAGCGUCGCCAUGUCGCAGCUCGCCAGCAUGUAUCUCUUCUUCGCGCUGAACGAGGCGCUCAUCCUGCGGGCGACGUCCGACAUUCAGGUCUGGCGCGCCGUGCUGCUCGUGCUAUUGAUUGCCGACUUUGCGCAUCUGUACGCACUCAAGGCGCUGGGACCGCAGGUCUACUACGAUGUGUGGAAUUGGAGCGCGGGCGACUGGGGCAAUGUGCCCUUUGUGUACUUGGGAGCACUCAUGAGGAUCUGCUUCCUCAGAGGUGUUGGGCUAGGGACUUGGAAGACACUGGAGAAGAAGAAGAAAUAGGGGAGAGAAAAGCCAAAAAGGCUGCUUGGCACCUGGCUGGCUCAUCAACAAAUCUGUUCGGCUCAUUAACAUUAUUUGGGACCAAGCCAUGCCAUGUUCUGUCUCGUCGUCUGCUCACUCGUUACCCGACACCCGACCAAUUGCGGAUCACGUGCUGUCGCGUCGGUCGCCAAUCGCCCGUCGUUGGUGGGAAAAUGGCUUGAAUCCCGUCGGUUGUCCAGAUUUGGAGACGUCGGUUGAUGGAUACCCCGACGAGACCCUCAGUUUGAUGAUAUCGGGGUAGGUAGUGGGCGGGUCACCACCUCCUAUCGCCUGCCAUUGCGACGAAAGACGAGCAAAUUCUGCUGCUUGGCGAGCAAGUGAGCAACGCGACUAUGGGGUUGUCGAGGCAUUGCCGGCUGAGAUGGGC